GCACUCCGCAACUUCGGCCACGGCGGCCGGGCGCUCUCGGCCCCGGCGCGCGUCGCUGCGGGGCUGCGGUGCGGCCAGCCCGGCCGGGCUCGGCUCGCCACCCUGCGCCUCCCCCGUGCCCGUCGGGGACCGCUGGCGCCUCCCGCGGGGAGUCCUCGCCCACGCGUCACCCGCAGCGUCUGGGGGACCCUGGGACGUGCGGGGUCGCGAGGCCGAGCCGGGCGCCCCCCAGUGGCCAGCUCCGGACCCCAUGGGUGGGCCGCGCGGAGCCGAGCGGGCAAGGUGAAUCCAGCCCCGGGGCCGGCUGCCGGAGCGCUUGGCGGGGGCGCCGGCUCCAUGGGCAGCGGCGCUCGGCACGAUGAUGGACGUUAACAGCAGCGGCCGCCCCGACCUCUACGGCCAUCUCCGCUCUCUCAUCCUGCCGGAGGUGGGGCGCAGGCUGCAGGACCUGAGCCCCGACGGUGGCGCCCACUCGGUGGUGAGCUCCUGGAUGCCGCACCUGCUGAGUGGCUUCCCAGAGGUGACAGCUAGCCCGGCGCCCACCUGGGACGCGCCCCCGGACAAUGUCUCCGGCUGCGGGGAGCAGAUCAACUAUGGCAGAGUCGAGAAAGUUGUGAUCGGCUCCAUCCUGACGCUCAUCACGCUGCUGACGAUCGCGGGCAACUGCCUGGUGGUGAUCUCGGUGUGCUUCGUCAAGAAGCUCCGCCAGCCCUCCAACUACCUGAUUGUGUCUCUGGCGCUGGCUGACCUCUCGGUGGCCGUGGCGGUCAUGCCUUUCGUUAGUGUCACCGACCUCAUCGGGGGCAAGUGGAUCUUUGGCCACUUCUUCUGCAACGUCUUCAUCGCCAUGGACGUCAUGUGCUGCACGGCCUCGAUCAUGACCCUGUGCGUGAUCAGCAUCGACAGGUACCUUGGGAUCACCAGGCCCCUCACGUACCCCGUGAGGCAGAAUGGGAAAUGUAUGGCCAAAAUGAUUCUGUCGGUCUGGCUUCUCUCUGCCUCCAUCACCUUACCUCCUCUCUUCGGAUGGGCUCAGAAUGUGAACGAUGACAAAGUGUGCUUGAUCAGCCAGGAUUUUGGCUACACGAUCUACUCCACCGCAGUGGCGUUUUAUAUCCCCAUGUCGGUCAUGCUGUUCAUGUACUAUCAGAUUUACAAGGCCGCCAGGAAGAGCGCAGCCAAACACAAGUUCCCAGGCUUCCCACGCGUGCAGCCGGAGAGCGUCAUCUCCCUGAAUGGCGUGGUGAAACUCCAGAAGGAGGUGGAAGAGUGUGCGAACCUUUCGAGACUGCUCAAACACGAAAGGAAAAACAUCUCCAUCUUCAAGAGGGAACAGAAAGCAGCCACUACCUUGGGGAUCAUCGUGGGAGCCUUCACGGUGUGCUGGCUGCCGUUUUUCCUCUUGUCCACAGCAAGGCCCUUUAUCUGUGGCACCUCCUGUAGCUGCAUUCCGCUGUGGGUGGAGAGGACAUGUCUGUGGCUGGGCUAUGCAAACUCUCUCAUUAACCCUUUUAUAUAUGCCUUCUUCAACCGGGACCUGAGGACCACCUAUCGUAGCCUACUCCAGUGCCAGUACCGGAAUAUCAACCGGAAGCUCUCUGCUGCAGGAAUGCAUGAAGCUCUGAAACUUGCUGAGAGGCCUGAGAGAAGCGAGUUUGUGCUCAUGACUGGAGCCUCAGGAGUCCAGAAGGCACUGGAGAAUUUACCUUGGGGUAACGGAGUGAAUACAGGGAUAAAAGCUGUGAAUUCUGUUGCACUGACAAAACUCUGACCACUGUGGGAAAAAAGGUCAUGAUACAUGAUCCAGAGUGGAACCCUGGAGAAGAAAUAAUGCAGAACAGGGGGAAACAACAAAACCGUUGGCUGAGACUGCACAACAGAACUUGGCUUCUGUCUUCUUGGCAUGGCUGAAAUGUGACAAGGGGUGAUCUGUUGUACAAAGUGUAUCUUGAGGGAGAUGUCAACCUCUCUCUUUUUUUUCUGUGGAUCAGUGAUAUUGUGUUUAAAUGAAAAAAAAAUGCUCAGUGUCAGACAGCCAGUCAUCUCUGCGGUAAGCACACUACAGCGCUGGGUUCUGGGAGGGGAGGGAAGCAGUUUCUGGUGCUUUCCACAAAUCCACAUCCAUGAGAGUGGGGGGAAAUCCUAACGCACAAUUCCCAUGCUUCCCGUCUAGGCUUUGUGGUAACUCUUCAGGAACCAUUCAUGAGAGAGAGUUCAUUUUGUGGUCUAUCAGAAGGGUGUCUUUCCAAGCAAAUGGCAGUAAGCAUCGUGUUGAAUGUGUUGCAUGUCCAUGUUAGAAAACAGAAACCAGUCAUCAGCUAAUACAAGCGAUUCCCCGGAGCAGUGUUCAUUCAAAGCUUCUGUUAAAUACUGUGGCUUUUCUGCAGGGUCCUUGUGACUUUCCACCAGUGUACGUCCACCGUUAAAUCCUUUAUCAUUACGGUGUAACUCAGGAACAGAUCUUAGGAUGGAGAGAGGCAGAAAACCCGAAUAAAGCUUUUUCUUGCACUCACACUCCUUGAAGGCUCCUGAGAAAGAAUGGUAACUGGAGAAGAGUGAGUGCCGUCUCACCGCAUUGUAUAUUAACAUGAUUCUUGGCAUGUUGUUUACUCUCAUCUUCUACAAGGGUGCAAGGAGCCCACAGGGCUGGUCCAUAAUGGUGUGUUAUGAGCAGGGAGUGUGGGAAUAGCAUAUCCGUGAAUGGUUGCAGUUGUUUCUGGAGACAGUGUAAGCAUGGUCAUCCAACUGGACUGUUUGAAUUGUGUGAAUUAGCGCUCACUUGAACCCCCAUUGUUAAUACUCUAGAACACCAUUCUGUUUCAUGUGGAGAAUUUGUCUCUGUGUUCUCUGUAUCUUAAAUCAAAUGUGUGCCUGAUGAAUUCUGUCCUCUAACCCCCUCCCACCAAUAAAAAUGGUCAAUGUUAAGGACAGAUAAGGAAACAGAAAGGGUUCCUUUGUGUAUAGUAUCAUUUAAAUGUUACUAUGUAGUAGUCUGGGUGAAGGAGAGGGAAAGGCACAGAUCCGAAGAGUACCCAUGCCUACAGGGGACAUGAAUGAACACCUUUAUUUGAUAAAAAGAGAACUGAAAGAGAAUAUUAUUUUCCUACAGUUAAGGAGGCUGUCCUCUCACAGGAUAAAAUAGAGUUACAAAGUGGAUUAUGGACUUCUUCCAGAUGUCACCGAUGUUUAUUAUGAGAGCAGGGAAGGACCCCUUUCCUGUGGAAGGGAGGUAGGCACUGUCCCUUCAGACAACGUGUGUACAAAUUCUUGAGCUGCAGAUUCGCUAGAGUGAACGUCUAUACUUAUAUUCAUAAUUUAAAUAACAAUUAUGUCAGAUACAUGUUGUUAAAUUUGAAAAAAAUGUUUUAUUACAUCACAUCAAAUAAAGUUUAUUUGUAGCUGUAAUAAAGUAACUUAAGUAAUUGUUUUUAAUAAAAGGUCUGAUGUCAUACAUGUUAUUCUACAAAGGAUGGUGGGGGUGGGGUGCAUACUCUGAGCUUGCGCUUGCUUGCUAAAACUCUAACAGGUACCUGGGGAUGAUGGUGCACACCUAUAAUCCUAACACACAGGAAGCAGAGGCAGGAGGAUCUCAAGUUUGAAGACAGUCUGAGUUUACAUCUAGAGGCAUUUUCAAAAAAAUUCCUAGAAAAUAAUUGACAGGUUUAUCCUAAAUUACAUUUCAAUGUAGAAACUUAUCUAUUUAGUAAUUUAAAAAAAUUGAAUAAAAAAAGUGUUUGUUGAUUUGAU